AUGGUAUUAAAACAUUUUCCUAGAGAAGGUAAAUCACGUAAUAUUAAAUCUUCACAAACGUCACUUUCUAAAUUAACAAAAUGUAAACUCAAAAAAUAUAAAUAUAAAGAUAAAAUUAAAGAAAAAUUAUCAAUACAAGGUGAAUCAAUAACUUUGAAUCUAGCUCAAAAUUUAAAAUAUUCAACUUUAAAUAAAGAAAUGAUUAUUUUGGGUAGAAUUUUCAAAGUUCUAGAUAUUUAUAUAAUUGUGUCAUUACCUGGACAAAUAAAAGGGAAAAUACAAGUAGUAGAUAUUAGUGAAAGUUAUACUAAUUUAUUAAAAAAUAUAACAAAUAAUAAAAAAGUAAUAAAUGAAUUAAUACCAUUAACAAAUUUAUAUAAGAAAGGAGACUAUGUGAUUUGUUAUGUAAAAGAUAUUGACUCUAAAAAAAUAUAUUUAUCUUUACAACCAUAUUUAAUUAAUCAGAAUUUAAAUCCAAAAAUGUUAACAAAAGGUUCAAAAAUUAUUCUGAGUGUAAAAAGUAUUGAAGACCAUGGAUAUAUUUUGGAAACUGGAUUAAAAAAUUUAAGAGCAUUUUUAUGUAUAGAAGAUGUAGAAUGUAAAGUUAAUUUUUAUCCCGGUAAACAAAUUGUAUGUAUUAUAAAAGAUGUUGAAGUGGAAGAGAAUAUUUUUACCAUCAAAGUUUCAGUUAAAUCAAAACAUUUAGAUAAUGUAGAAACAAAUGUUUCAUGUUUAGAUCAUUUAAUUCCUGGAACACAAUAUUCUCUUAAAAUAAAAAAAAUAACAAAAAAUGGCUUACAAAUAUAUUAUAGUGGAAAAUAUAUUGGUUACAUUAAUCAAUUUUAUUUACAACAUUCUCUAUUAUCAUUUAAAGAAGAGCAAGAGAUAGUUGGUAGACUUCUUUACAUUAUACCAUUAAUAAAAAUAGCUUAUUUUAGUCUUUUAUCUUUAGAACAAGAAACAAAGUUAUUAAAAAUUGGAGACAUAAUUAACAAGGCAAAAGUAGUAUCUUAUGACUCAAAAGGAAUUUUUGUGAAAAUUAAAGGUUUGCGAGGAUAUAUCCCUUUACAACAUAAUAAACCAUAUUUUAAAAAAAUUGAAUCUAUAUUUAGUAUAAAUUCUGUUCAUAAAUGUAAAGUAAUUACUUAUGAUUUAAUUGCAAAAUUAUAUAUAUGCACAAUAGAAAAAAAAUUAAUCGAAUAUAUCAAUCAUAGUGAUUUAGAACUAGGCAAUAGGACAGAAGUAAUUAUCACUUCUAUUAAUGAAAAGAAAAAAUAUAUUAAUGUUGUAACUGGUAAAAUUUUUGGAAUUGUUCCCUUUGAUCAAAUUUCAGAUUCAGGUUUAAUAAAUGAAUUAAAUGUUGGACAACGUUUUACUGCGAGAGUUUUAAAAUUAUCAAAAAAUAUUAUUUUUACUUUAAAAAAAUCGCUUGUAGAAAGCAAAUUACCAAUUUUAUGUAAAAUAGAAGAUGCUAAAAUUAAUUCAGUUUAUGAUGGUUCCAUUAUUAAAAUUAUAAAUGAAGGAAUAAUUGUUAGUUUUUUUGGUAAUGUAAAAGGUUGGAUACCAAAACAUUUUCUUAAUCAUCAAACAACAUUACAAAAACAAUCACAAAAUUGGAAUUUUGUUAUUGGGCAAACUAUUAAAACAGUAGUUAAAAGUAUAAAUAUUCAUGAAAAUAAAAUAAUAUUAGCACUUUCAAAUAGCAAAAUUAAGAAUUACAAAUAUAAAAUUGGUGAUACAAUUGAAGGUAUUGUGAUAGAUUCUUCAAUUGCUGGAAUACAUGUUAGAAUUAUAAAUAAAAAUAGAGAAAGUAUAAUAGCAUUUCUUCCUACGGGUCAUAUGUCACCUUGUUAUGAAAUUGGUAAAAUGCUUGCAACAAAAAUAGUAACUGGAGAUAUAUUAUCUGCUACUAUAUUUUCUACAUACCCUAAAUUAAUUUUAAGUUCAACAUUUGCUCCUGAAAUAGCUUAUAAAAUGAGUACUUUAAAUCCUGGGGAUAGUAUAUUAUGUUCUGUAUCAAAGAUAUUUAAAGAAUCGAUAAAAGUUUUAUUACCAAUUGCAAAAUUUUAUAAAUAUGUUACAGUUCCUAUAAACGAAGUAGGAAACUUUGAGUAUUUAUACGAAAACCAAAUCGUAUUUGGUAAAAUUUUAAGACUUGACAAAGAAACACAAAGCAUCAAUUUAACUAUUAAAUUAAAUAAAAUAUGGGAAAAUGUAACAGAAUGUGAAAAUAAAAUGACAGCUAUCAAUGUUUUAAGCUGUUAUUUAAAUAAAAUAUUGGAAUUGUCAAAAAAUAUUUUUUACGCUAGUAAAUCAAUUUCAAAAAUUUAUAUAGGUGAACGAGUUAAUGGAACUGUAGAAAACAUAAUGGAUUAUGGACUUACACUUAAAUUAAAAAAAAAUAUAAAAGGUAUUGUUAGCACUGGUAAUUUUUUUGGGAAUUACAAGCAAGGAGAUCAAAUAGAAGGUUUAGUUUUAUGGAUCAAUUAUCCUCAAGAAUAUGUGGAAAUAACAAUGAUUCAUAAUGAUGUAAAUAGCAUACAGGUUAAACAAAAUAAUUUAUCCAAGAUACCAAUAGGUACUGAAUUAAGAGGAAAAAUAGUGUUGGUUACAAAUUGGUUUAUAUUAGCUAUUCUCAAAGGUCAAGCAAAAGGAACUUUAGUUACUUUACCUGUUAGAAGACAUUUAAAUGACACUAUUCCAGAUAUUAACCUUUAUCAAAUUGGAAUUAAGAUAAGAUGUUUCACUAUUUUAAAUAAAAAAGAAGCUGAUUUAUUAUUGCCUAUAUGUAUGCUUAAGUCAGCAUUUAAAACCCAUAAAAUUGAACAACAAAAACCAUUUCAUUCUUCACUUAAACUAAAACGUAAAAUGGAAACUACAGAUGAAAAUAAAAAUACAACUGUGGUAGAAAAAUUAUACAAAAUGAAUUAUAAUGAUAAUAUUAAAAGAGAAAUUAAUCAAAUGACAAAUAAAGGAGUAAUAAAUAAAGAUAUUGAAAUAAUUAAAUUAAAAAGUCAAAAAAGAAAUGAAAAUAUACAAAACGAUAGUGACAAAAAUUCAAAUAAACCAAAAAAAAAAGAUAAACAAUGUACCUACAAUAUUAAUUGUAUAACAAAGGAGACUCCAAAAGUUUUCACAAAUUUUUCACUUAACUUAAAUAUUGCGAAGUGUAGAUUUAAAUGGAAUAGCUUAUUAAAUGAACGAGUGGAUAUAGAAACUUCAAGUGAUGAUGAAGUUAAUGAUUCUACAAAGAAAUUAAAAAAAAAAAAAUUGUCAACAUCAGAGAAAAAUGCACUUGAACGACAAAAAGAAAAAGAAAUUCGUGAACGUGAGGAAGUUUUGGCAAGUACUUUGUUACCUCAAACAGUAGAUCAAUUUGAUAAAUUAGUUUUAUCUAAUCCAAAUAGUUCAUUAAUUUGGAUACAGUAUAUAGCACAUUAUUUGCAAACAACUGAAAUUGAGAAAGCAAGAGCUAUAGCAAAACGUGCUUUAAAAGUUAUAAAUUUUCGGGAAGAAAAUGAGAAAUUGAACAUUUGGCAAGCUUUAUUGAAUUUAGAAUCAAGAUUUGGAUCUUCAGAAUCACUAACUGAAGUUUUUCAAGAAGCUAUAAAAGCAAAUGAUGUUAAAAAAAUUUAUGAACAUAUGCUUACUAUUUAUACAAUUACUGGUAAACAAUCUGAACUUGAAAAUAUUAUUAAAACUAUGAUUAAUAAAUUCAAACAGCAUCCAGAAACAUGGAUAAGCUGUGGAGCUAUUUUCUUAAAAAUAGGAAUGAAGAAUAAAUCAAGAGAUAUUAUGCAAAGAGCUUUGCAAUCAUUGCCAAAAAAUAAGCAUGUAAAUCUCAUGAUUCAGUUUGCCCAAUUAGAGAAUAAAUUAGGUGACAAGGAACGAACUCAAACAUUAUUUGAACAAAUUUUGUCAUCUUAUUCGAAAAGAACAAAUGUUUGGCUUUCCUACGUAGACUCAUUAGUUAAGUCAGGUGAAAUAGAAAUUGCAAGAAAAAUAUUAGAUCGUGCAAUUUCACAAGAUCUUUCUACAAAAAAAAUGAAAAUUCUUUUCGAGAAAUAUAUAAACUUUGAAGAAAAAUAUGGAACUAAAGAGAACAUUCUUCGUAUACAGGCACUUGCUGUAAAAUAUGUUGAAGAGCAGUGUAAAAAAGUUGAUUAUAUUUAAAUAAUUAAAUAAACUUUUUAA